AUGGACUCGACACCAGUUCUGCACCAAGGAUGGGGCUAUGGACUCAUGACUGGACUGGGUGUUCUUUUUGCCGUGUUCAUGAUCAUCAUCACUUGGGCACUCAAAAGAUACAACUAUGAGCUUCAGACAUCCGAGAUGUUUACGGCAGCUGGGCGGUCACUAAAAUCGGGAUUGGUCGCCUCAUCGGUCCUUUCAACUUGGACAUGGGCCGCGACUCUGCUGCAAAGCACAGCCGUGGCCUAUAAAUACGGUGUUUCAGGGCCCGUAUGGUAUGCCUCUGGGGCCACUGUCCAAAUCAUCCUGUUUGCCACGCUCGCUAUUGAGCUGAAGAGACGUGCUCCCAAUGCGCACACAUUCCUAGAAGUCGUGAAAGCUCGAUAUGGCCCGGUCACACACGGCGUGUAUAUCGUUUUCUGUUGCUUCUGCAAUGUCCUAGUGACGGCGAUGCUCCUCACUGGUGGAUCUGCGGUUAUACAGAACUUGACUGGCGCCCCCGUAGCAGCUUCCGUAUUCUUGUUUCCGAUCGGUGUGGUUGUUUACACCCUUUUCGGCGGAAUCAAAGCAACCUUUAUCACAGACUACAUCAACGGCCUAGUCAUCCUCAUCAUCAUCUUCAUCUUUGCUUUCACAGUCUACUCAACAAAUCAUCUCCUAGGCUCCCCCGGGCGAGUGUGGGAAAUCCUAACUGAACUUGCAGUUGAGCGCCCCUUGACAGGAAACUCUGGAGGCAGCUACUUGACAAUGCGCUCCCAAGGAGGAAUUGAGUUCUUCAUCAUCAAUCUCUGCGGCAACUUCGGUACAGUGUUUUUGGACAAUGGUUACUACAACAAGGCAAUUGCAGCAAGUCCGAUUGAUGCCCUUCCGGGUUAUGUCAUGGGCGGAAUCAGUUGGUUUGCCGUUCCUUGGCUCACAGCGACAACUAUGGGUCUCGCCGGUCUCGCCCUAGAAAAGUACGAUAUAUGGCCGACAUACCCGAACCGUCUAGCCGCUGCGGACGUUGAUGCUGGAUUGGUGCUACCCACCGCCGCCGUAGCUCUGCUUGGAAAGGGUGGAGCGGUUGCAACUCUCAUACUAGCCUUCAUGGCUAUCAUGAGCACUUACUCGUCUGAGCUCAUCUCUGUGUCGUCCAUCUGCACCUACGAUAUCUACAAGACCUACUUCAACACCAACGCUACCGGCAAGCAGCUUAUGCGGAUCAACUACAUCGGCAUGGGCGUCUUUGCUCUUGUCAUGGCUGGGUUCGCAACUGGCCUCAACUACGUAGGUAUCUCCAUGGGUUACUUGUACCUCAUGAUGGGUGUCAUCAUUUCUUCCGCCGUCUUGCCAGCUGCUCUCACUCUUCUCUGGGAUGGACAGUCUUGGGCCGCCGCCACCUUCAGUCCAAUCAUCGGAUUCGCCCUUUCGAUGACGGCAUGGCUCGUCACAACGAAGAUUAAGUACGGCGAAUUGAGUGUUACGAACACCGGUGCAAACGAGCCGAUGUUAGCCGGAAACUUGACAUCGCUCCUUUCACCAAUUGUCAUCAUCCCACUUUUGACUUUUAUCCCACCUUUCAAGCCCCAGCAGUACGACUGGCAGAGUAUGCUCAACAUCCGACAAGCGGACGAUCAUGAGCUCGUUGACGCUGCUCAUAUGGAUGUUGAAAACCCUCCCGAAGAGAGGGCGAGGGCACUGCAGAGUGAUCCUGACGAGCAGGUCAAGCUCGAAAAAGCAGCCAAGACUGCUCGCUGGCUGACUGUUGGUGUGACACUCGUUCUGCUCAUUCUGUGGCCGAUGCCGUUAUAUGGCACUGGCUAUGUAUUUGGAAAAUCUUUCUUCACCGGCUGGGUCGUUGUAGGAAUCACUUGGCUAUUCGCCUCUGUUGUCAUGGUUGUCUUCUUGCCGAUCUUCGAAUCUCGGAGCACGAUUGUGCGAACUACUCGCAUGAUGAUCAAGGACCUCUUCGGCCUGAGAGGCAAGGGAAAGCCCGUCAGUGAGGGCAUGUCGCCUGGCUCAAGUACCCCACCGGAGCUCACGGAGAAGGCAACGUCCAAGGCAUAA